ACCAGAGAGCGAGCUCGCCGGCGCGACACCAGGGACGAGGCGACGACCUGGAGCGAGAGGAGAGGAGAGAAGAGCGAAGGGCAGAGCGGGCUGAGGAGAGGAGGGAUGAGAGGGCCCGGGAGAGAGAGCGGGAGCGGGAGAGGGACAGGGAGAGAGAGCGGGAGCGGGACAGGGAGAAGGACAGAGAGCUGGAGAGAGAUCGUGCUCGGGAGCGGGAGAGAGAGAGGGACAAGGAGAGGGAGCGGGAGCGGGACAGGGAGCACGACAGGGACAGGGAGAGGGAGAGGGAGAGGGACAGGGACAGGGGGAGGGACAGGGAGAGGGAGAAGGAGCGAGAGCGGGAGCGGGAGGAGCGCGAGAGGGAGCGAGAGCGAGAGCGGGAGAGAGACCGAGAGCGAGAGCGGGAGAGAGAGAGGGAGAGAGGCCGAGAGAGGGACAAGGAGAGAGAGCGGCAGAGAGACUGGGAGGAGAGAGACAGAGGAAGGGAAGAGCGCCGGGAAAAGAGAGACGACCUCCGAGAGGAAAGGAGCUCCAGAGAUGUCCACGAGGAAAGAAAAUCCAAGAAGCGUCACAGAACUGAAAGCAGCCCCAGUCCUCGUCAGUCGCCCAAGCGCCGCCGUGAGCACUCUCCCGACAGCGACGCCUACAACAGCGGGGAGGAUAAGAGUGACAAGCACAGGCUCCUGAGCCAGGUUGUGCGGCCCCAAGACUCCCGGUCCCUGAGCCCCUCGCACGCCACAGACGAGCGGCAGAGUCGCUGGAGAGAGGAGGAGCGAAAGUCGGACAGGAAGGAGAGUUCCCGGCGCUACGAGGAGCCAGAGUUCAAGGAGAGGAUUUCCUCCUCGGACAAGCAGAGAGAGCAGCCAGAUGCCUCAGAGAGCUCCCGGUCGAGGGCUCAGGAAAACGCUGGACACCGUCCCUCUGAAGAGAGAGAGGCCUCCGACAGAGCGCACGAUGACGGCAAGAAGAAGUCGAAGAUCCAGAAAAAGGCCACCAAGAAGAAGAAGGAGGAUGAGGGUGGGGGGGAGAGGUAUGCUGCUGAGUCGACGACGGAGGAGAGCCAGGUGUUCUCACCUAAAAAAGCUCAAAAGAAGAAGAGCGUAGAGAAAAAGCGGAAGAGAUCAAAGGGUGAUUCUGAAGUUUCAGAUGAAGAGCUUGUCCCACACCAUAAAAAGAAGAAAGGCCCAAGAACCCCUCCAGUAACAAAGGAGGAGUUGGUUGAGGCGCCACCGGAGAAACCUGUGGCAGAAGUUCCUCAGAAGAGAGAGGAGACAACAUUUAGUGACUGGUCAGAUGAAGACGUUCCUGAACGGGGUGAGAUGGUCGUUCCAGAAAGGAGCACUGAGGACUCCCACAGGAAAAGUCACAGGACAAGGGCAGAAAAGGUGGAAGCCCCUCACGUCACCCUCGGGGAUGGGCCCCACCGUAAAGCCGUGGAGCAGAAGCGCAGCAGCAGCCUGGGCAGCACUCGCAGCCACGCCUCGAGCAGACUCCGCUCCCCUUCCAACGAGUCAGCUCAUCGCAGUGGGGACGACCAGGCUGGGAGGAGGAGGAUCCUGCACAGCAGCUCCAGGGACAGGGAGAGGGAGAGGGAGAAGAGGAGUCUGGAGAUCGCUGGGGAGAGGAAGUCCAGGAUCGACCAGCUGAAGCGAGGAGAACCCAGUCGCAGCACAUCGUCAGAUCGCCAGGACUCGAGGAGCCACAGCUCCAGGAGAAGCUCUCCCGAGUCGGAUCGCCAGGGCCACUCCAGGUCGGGCUCCUUCGACAGCAGGGAGAGGCUGCAGGAGCGAGAGCGGCACGAGCAGGAGCGGGAGCGGGAGAGGGAGAGGAGGGAGGGGAGGCCGAGGGAGCGGGAGCGGGACGGGGACAAGGACUGGCCGAGGAGCAGGGAGCGGGAGAGGCUGCGGGAGCGGGAGCGGGAGAGGAGGCGGGAGCUGGAGCGGGACAGGGAGAGGCAGCUGCCCGAGCCUGCCGAGAGGGAGAGAGACAGAGCCCUGGACGCCGCUCAGAAAGAGCCCCCGAAGCACGGCGAGGCCAAACCGGACAGGGAGCACGAGAAGGAGUUUGAGGGGGGCUGUCGAGAGGCGGCUGCGUCGGAGAAGGAACGGGCAGACAAAGAGCUGGGGCCUUCACAAGGCUUUGAAGAUGGAAACGAGGCUGAGAAGGUGGAGAGUUUGGAAG